AUGUCGAUAAUCCCGACGGUGCUGGCAGCCACGGCCGCUGUCAGUGGGAUCUGUAUGUACCUGGACGCCAAAUUCUCCGUCUCAAACGACAUCUCGCAGAUUCUGGGCGCCAGACGGACAAAUCGAUAUAUCCAAGCACGAUUCCGGGAACUGGGAGAAGAUGACUGGUCUUUCUACCAUGUUUUGCACCAAACCUAUGGGCAGAACGACGACCUGGAAGCCCUCGCUUUCGAGAGAAGGUCCUGGACAUACAGAUUGCUUCGCGAAGAAGUGGGUCGACUGGCAGCAGCAUACCUGGACUUGGGCAUUCGUAACCGGACCGUCGUUGGCAUGUUCGUCAACAAUUCACCAGAGUUCCUGUUCAGUUUCUAUGCUUUGAUGAAGAUUGGAGCCAUCCCGGCGCCCUUGAAUACUUCCAUGUCCGGAGAUCAAGUCAAGCAUUGCCUGAAUAUAUGUAGCUCGGAGUUCCUGUUGACCACCUAUGAGUUAUAUCAUGUCGUUGCUCAGACAUUCGGAGACAAUCAAGGCCAGCUGACAGUGGGCUCAGAUCCUGCGUGUCCUACACUCGCUCAAGUCCUGGUCUAUGACUACAAUACGUACGAAACAACGGCUUUGGGAGCUCUACACCCUGAUUGUGUGCUCUUGACCCACAGAGAUUUACCAUCAGUUCCUGGAAUGGGAGAUUUUCCGCCGUCAGUGAGACCCAAGAUCCAUCACCAGCAACCAACACAUUAUAUGUUCACCUCCGGAACCACCGGUCUCCCGAAAGCGAUCCAAUGGCCAGCAGUUUAUGCUUGGGGACUGGCCCAUAAAGAUCGUUGGCCGGGAGCUCUCAGCAGUGAUUUACGCUUCUACAUUUGCAUGCCAAUGUUUCAUGGCACCGCCACAUUCGUCGGGAUUCCACCGACCUGGGCAGGCUCUGGCACAGUCAUAUUAAGCAGACGCUUCUCUCGGUCGGGAUUCUGGCAUGAUGUCCGUCGAAACAGGGCUAACGGAAUACUGUAUAUUGGUGAAAUGCUGCGCUAUCUGACCCAAAGCCCACCAGAUCCCCAAUUUCCCGACGAGAAGGACCACGGGGUGAAGUUUGCCUUUGGUCUGGGCCUGUCACCCAAGGUCUGGAAAGACUUUAGAGACAGAUUUGGAGUCCCCUGGAUCAUCGAAUACUAUGGCUCGAGUGAGGGUACCACUGGGCUGCUACAGUCCAACAAAAACGACCUCGGUGUAGGAAAGGUUGCGCGUUGGGGCCCACUGAUGAGGAGCUCGUGGAUUGGAAACAAUGGACUGUUCCUGAUCAAAAUCAACCCAGAGACUGGGGAGGUGUAUCGCGAUCCCCGGACUGGAUUCUGUCUCAAAGUCGGUUUUGGAGAGCCGGGGGAGGCCAUCUGCAGAGUCCAGCCCCCGAUACAAACUCGACACAACUACAUCGGUCCGGGGGGAGAAGAGGCAACGCGCAAGAAGAUUCUGAAGAACGUCUUCCGACGGGGUGAUGAGUUCUUUCGCAUGGGAGACACUCUGGCAAUGGAUAGGGACGGGUUCAUCUCUUUUGUUGAUCGCCUUGGAGAUACGUAUCGGGUUAAAGGGCACAAUAUUUCCACCACUGAGGUCGAGAACGUCCUCAGUCGACAUCCCGCCAUCGCAUCAGUCAAUGUAUACGCUAUUGCCAUGAAUCGAUAUGGUUACGAAGGGCAACUGGGCUGCAUAGCUGUGACUCUUCGUCAGAAUAACUCCGCCAGCCCUCAAGUCGUCGAGCACGACCUCGUCACGGAGUUGGAAGAAUGGUUAAUUGGCCCCACGGGUGGCCUGCCGCCGUAUGCGGUGCCUCGGUUUCUUCGAAUUCUCUCUCCCUCCCCGCAAGACGAGAAUGCCGUGGCCCGAACCUCAUCAAGCGAAUCUGGCCCUGAGCGAGUUUCCCCGCUCAUGAAGAAGCAGAAGGUCGAACUUCAAAAAGAGGGCUUCAAUCUCUCGUCAGAAAGCAAUGAUCGCAUUUAUUGGAUCAAGCAAGAACGUGCUGGCUAUGAACCUCUGGAUCCUAACACGGUGCAAAAUCUUCUGGCUGGACGCCAUAUGCUGUAAGGUGUCACUGAUGUUGGUCAGGUAGUCUCAGCCUGACGAUUUGGUCAUGAGAUCUGGCGAAUACAUCCAUAUCUGUUACGUAG